GCCGGGAAUCUUGCAUGCUGAACUCUCUCUUGGGGAAUUAAUAAUAAUAAUAAUAAUAAUAAUAAUAUUUUAUUUUAUUUUUUUUGAAUGGGGGGAGCGAUUCUAAGGACAGUCACCGUGUAAGCCUCGGUUGAUCAUCACUGCUUAAUGUUUGCAAUUGCAAAGAGAAUGAUGAACGAGGAAGCUAUUUUCCUGGUAGAGGACACCCAACAGUCUAGCUAUGAAAAGAAGAGAAAAAAAUCACGGAAGCGCAGCCGAGAAAAACUCAGACAGUCAAUUGUGUCCUCUGAUCAGGCAUCCUAUUCGUCUCAGGAUACCGACUCUGGGACUAGUCGGAAAAAACAUAAGAAGAAAAAAUCCAGUUCAGAAACCUCUGAAGCUUCCUGGGCCGUCCCCGAAACUCAGCAGAACGAUGAGCCCGAAAUAAAUGAUUUUGUGCCCAAGAAGAAGAAGAAAAAAAAGAAACACAGACUUAAACAUGGCAGUGAUGACGAGUGUUGGAGCCCAUCAACUCCCCAAAAAUCCAGUAAACUGUCUUCAAAAAAGGCUUUGGAAAAUAGGGGAUGACAGCGUUGUUGGUGAUGAGUGUUGGAGCCCAUCAACUUCCCAAAAAUCCAGUAAACUGUCUUCAAAAAAGACUUUGGAAAAUAGGGAUGACAGCGUUGUUGGUGAUGAGUGUUGGAGCCCAUCAACUUCCCAAAAAUCCAGUAAACUGUCUUCAAAAAAGACUUUGGAAAAUAGGGAUGACAGCGUUGUUGGUGAUGAGUGUUGGAGCCCAUCAACUUCCCAAAAAUCCAGUAAACUGUCUUCAAAAAAGGCUUUGGAAAAUAGGGAUGACAGCGUUGUUGGUGAUGAGUGUUGGAGCCCAUCAACUUUCCAAAAAUCCAGUAAACUGUCUUCAAAAAAGACUUUGGAAAAUAGGGAUGACAGCGUUGUUGGUGAUGAGUGUUGGAGCCCAUCAACUUCCCAAAAAUCCAGUAAACUGUCUUCAAAAAAGGCUUUGGAAAAUAGGGAUGACAGCGUUGUUGGUGAUGAGUGUUGGAGCCCAUCAACUUUCCAAAAAUCCAGUAAACUGACCUUCCGAAAGGCUUUGGAAAAUGGAGGUGACAGUGUUGUUUGGCUUGAGUGUUGGAGCCCAUCAACUUCCCAAAAUCCAGUAAGCUGUCUUCAAAAAAGGCUUUGGAAAAUAGGGAUGACAGUGUUGUUAUUGAUGAGUGUUGGAGCCCAUCAACUUCCCAAAAAUCCAGUAAACUGUCUUCAAAAAAGAAUUUGGAAAAUAGGGAUGACAGUGUUGUUGCUGAUGAGUGUUGGAGCCCAUCAACUUCCCAAAAAUCCAGUAAACUGUCUUCAAAAAAGCUUUGGAAAAUAGGGAUGACAGUGUUGUUAUUGAUGAGUGUUGGAGACUAUCAACACCCAAGAAAUCCAGUAUGCUACCUCUGAAGGAAAAUGGAAGUGUGGUUGAUAGUCAUAGGUCAUCUCACAAGAAGAAGAAAAGGAAACGAAGGGAAGGUGUCUAUGUCCCUGAUGGACCUGCGAAAGAGAAGGCUGAGGCCACAAUGUCGCAGAGAGAAGAUCAGAUGGACCUUGACCAAACGAUAGACACGCAGAUGGAUCUCUUUGCCUCCUCGCCUUUAUCCUUUUCAGAGGGACCACAGGUGGACCUUCUCCCAAGGGAUGGUCAAGAGGGAAGCUGUUGUCCCACCGCUGAGGAUUCUGAUGCUACUCACGUGGACCUGGAGAUGGAAGGAACGUCAGGUGGAGACCAUGAAUGGAAGCAACCUGGAUUACCGUCAAAAUUGCCCACUUCGGAAGUUAACACCAAAUUGGAUCAAUCCCGAACGGGUCGGAAACUCCGAUCUUCACGCAAGCAGCCCCCUUCCAAAACAUAUUCUGUAGAGGAGGAAGAGGAGGAAGAGGAGGAGGAGGAGGAGGAGGAGGAUGUAUAUGCUCGGGAAAAGGAACAACUGGAGAAUGACAGAAAAGAACUAGAGGAAUUUAUCCCUCGGGCGAAGACUCUGUCGGAUUCUGCAGUCAGGCAGCUGGCCACACGAGAUCUACCCAGGUUUAGGGAGCUGAAGCAAAAAGGCAUGGCUGUGAAGUUCGGCGUCUUCUCCCAGGCGGAAAACAACUUAUUGACGGAAAACGUCGAGGCGUUUUUGGAAGAAACCGGGAUUGAGACGGCCGAAAAGCUCCUGUUCGCCCACCGGUUUCCAGAGGAACAAGCCGAAAUCAAGAGGCUGAAAUGCCGAUACUCGUUUUGCGAAAGAAUCUCUCAGGGCAUCGCUCGGCCCUGGAGGCUCGUUUAUUAUCGAGCCCGGAAAAUGUUUGAUCCUCAGAAUUAUAACGGACGGUAUACAAAGAAAGAAGAGAAAAAGCUCUUUAAGUAUCACGCCCUGUAUGGGAAUAAGUGGAAAAAAAUCUCGGAGCUUAUGAACCGAAGCAGCCAUUCCAUCGCCUUAAAAUAUGCGCAGAUGAUCGAGGAUUCCAACCUUGGCCCUUGGACAGAAGAAGAGACUUCUAGACUCCUUCAGGCGCUCAAAGACAUCCUGAAGACGAAAGUGAGGGGCUUGGAUUCGGCCUUGGAGGACAGGGACAGCAAGGGUGCCCUCAUCCUGCUGCGAGAAAACCUCUACAAGGACAUCGGCUGGAUGAAAGUGGCAGCCCAGGUGGAGACACGUAGUUGGCGGCAGUGCAAAAAGAAAUGGAUGUCGAUCCUAACGAAGAAAAUGAUGGGGAAAUCGCCCUUCUGCGGACUGAGCAACUUACAGUUUAAGAUCGACCUCAUCGAAAGAUUGUACGAAUUGAACGUUGCAGACACCAAUGAAAUAGACUGGGAGCGCAUCGCUGGCGUUAUCGGAAACGUUCCUCCGUAUUACGUCCAAAGCAGAUAUCACCAACUCAAGUCAUUAUAUGUUCCUUUCUGGUAUGAGAAGACUUUCCCAGAAAUUAUCGACUACCUGUUUGAAGAGACGCUGCCCAUCUUCAAGGAAACCCUCAUGAAGCUGGCCCAAAGACAGAGGAAUACGCAGGAGGAAAACACGCAGGAGGAAAAGCGCUGUAAAAAGUCCUUCCGGUUCGACGACAUUUUCCAAGAUAUGCUGGAAGAUGAGCUGUUAGACAGCAGCGACGGAGAAACCGGAGAACCAAGUCAGGCCGAUGACGGGGAUCCUACCCAGUCCUUUCACAAACAAUAGGUAGCAGAAGAUGGGAACUUCCUGGCUAUUGCAGAAUGGGAAAAGACCGCCGGGGAUUCUCUUUGGCUUCCUGCCUUUUUAUUUUUAGAGAGAAAAAUAAUAUAUAAAUCUAUUCGGCCUUUUUGUGGGUGCUGCUGCUGCUGCUUAGAGGUGUUUAGAUUCGAAUGUUGGGUUCUACAGAAGGUGAAAACAAUUUUUUUUAAUUAUUUUUUUUUUGGCUCACGGUAGAUUCUCCAUUGCUGGCAAAUGGAUUUGCAACACAUGGCACAUCCCAAACGGGGGGAGGGGGGGAUGGGCUAGAGCAGCUAGAGAUAUUCAGACAUUGGAAAAGGGAUGUUUUCUGACCCAGCUCCCCAAACAUGACAAUCCCUCUGUAGUUGAAGCAAUGAUCCCUCUUAUUAGGAGCGCCAGCAGCCCUGGCAAAAAGUCACCUCACGCUAACAAGUCUCUCCCGCAGGGGAGAUGAAUAGUUGUCUGCUACUUCUAUUCAGCUCCGCCCUCUACCUUUUAUCCCCAGAGCUAGGGUGGGGCUUCGCUAGCAGCGACUCUUCCGUCCCAAGGACCGGCCCAUAGAUUUCCACUGCUCUCCUCUCCUCUGCCUUCUGUGCAGCUGCACGUCAGGCACUGGACCCAGCUGUUCCUCCUCCUCCUCCUCAUCAGCCACCUCCAGACCUGGGGGCUGUUGACUCUCCAUCUGAGGGCUGACAGACGGCCCAGGCUCCGCCUCUGUCUCUCUCUCCCUCUGCCAGCUCCAUUCCCUCUUCCCCCUCGGAGCUCUCAGGUUGCCUUGAUGCCGACCCUGAUUCCUCCCCUAAUUCGACUGUUGGAGUGGCCGGCGGCUGAUAGGCCACAACAGGAAGUCUCAGGGACCUCAAAUGAUGUAAGCAGCUUCUCUCGAUCCAGAGAGAUGCCAGUUGCUGCUCUCCCAGUUUCUGUUAGCGACCGCCUUUGUGCCAAACUCGCGCAUUUUACCUUAAUCCUUAACUCUCCUUAGAGCAGGGGUGUCAAACUCAAGACCUUGGGGGCCGGAUCCAGCCGAUGGGGUGCUUAGAACUGGCCUGCGGUGCCUCUGCCAGCGAGAACGGAGCUCGGGAGAGCCGCACACGGCCAUCGCGAGCUCUGUUUUCGGCUGCGACGGCCUCCUGCAGCUCCCUCUGCCAAUGAAAACGGAGCUCGGGUUAGGGUUCAGGGGCCUGUUUUCACUGGUAGAGUGCUCGGGCCACCACAGGACCCCUGGCACGAGUGACGUCAAGCUGACCACCCCCACCCCCGAGGUCAAACACAACCCUAAUGCGGCCCUCCAUGAAAUCGAAUUUGAUACUCCUUCCUUGGAGGAACGUUGGAGUGUCUUGCAUUCACCCGCCAUUUUUUUUUCCCGCCCAAGUGCCAAACUUCCCGGUCUUCCUUAAAGAGCCACCUUUCCGAUUGCCCAAUCGGGUAGGAUUUUAAACUUGUCUUUUUUAAAUGAGAUUUUGAACCGUUAAAAUAUACACAUUUUGAACGGAACGCUGGCUUUUCCUAGACAGCCACCCAGAGAUUUCACGGCUGGUUCCAAGGCCACAGACGAACAAAUGUUUAGUUUUUUUUUUCCCCUCAGACGACAAACUUACCAUUUUUGGGCUGGGGAUGAGAAAUGUUUCAGGACCAACACACCCAUCCCAUCCCAGAAGAGAUCCCACAGCCAUUUUGUCUGGAACGGGAUAGGAUCUCUGGCUUGAGGGGAAGGUUGGACUAGAACAGGUGUCGGCAACCUUUGGCUCCAGAGCCGCAUGCGGCUCUUUGGGCCCUCUGCUGUGGCUCCCUGUCAGGUGACCCCACCACUGGCUGGCCCCGCCCCCUCGCCCUCCCAGUCAGAGACAGAUACAGAGAGAGAGGGAGAGAGAGACAUAGUGAGAUACGGGGGGCGGUGGGUGAAGUGGGAAGGAGGGAGAGAGAUGUCAAAAGGUUUUUGUGGUUCCCGGUCGUUUUUAACAAGCAGUUCUCUGCCCUAAUGACUGGCUUGGUAGGCGUGGCUAGGGAGGUCAUGUGACUAGUAGAAGUGAGUGACGUCGAGUUGGCCACGCCCACCCAGGUUUUGUGGCUCCCGGUGUUUUCUUUUCUGUGGGAAACAGGUCCAAAUGGCUCUUUUGAGUGUUUAAGGUUGCCGACCCCUGGACUACAAGACCUCCCAAGGUCCGACUCCGUUAAUUCUAAAUCUUGGACAUUCCUUGUCUUGCCUCAAUUAAAUUCUAUGUCCAGAACCAGCUGGAGGAGGGAUUAAAAUCCCGAAUUUCGCAUGUUUGAAAGCCGAAGCGAUCCUCGUUUCCAGAAAAAGGCUAAAAUGGAAACGAUCUCCCUGUCUUCCUCGUUUGGGACUCUCUCUUGAAAACAGAGAGGGGUCUUUUUUUUUUUUUUUUUUAGGUUCUUCUGAUGGUGCCUUAAAACAAAAAAGUCGCUACGUUUUUUUAAGAUCUCCGCGCAGGGAAGGGCUCUUAAUUUAGACUUUCGUCGAGUUCCUGCUCAGAAAGUAGGAAAGAAGUGAUGCUAAAAUUGCACAAGGCAAAUGGGGUCCUUUCCAAGGUUGACUCUUUUUUUUUUUUCUCCCCGUUUUUUGUCUUUUUGAAUUUAUAAAGGACUUCGUUUUAUUUUAUCAAAAGGGUUGUGUGUGUGGUUUUUUUUUUUUCUGGUGGGCUCAAACUAUUUGUACAUGGGGUUUUCAUUAAAAUUCUUUUUUUUAAAAAAAAAAUAAAAUCUGCCUUGAAACAGAGUCUCAUCUUCGAUCCUUUCUCAUUUUCUUGGUGAAUUCCUCCGGAGCUCUGGUACCCAGGGGCUUCUUAAUAGCCCCAAACUGCAGAUCAAAAAAUAAAAUAAAAUAAAAUGGGUAGCCCUGCUAUUUUCCGAUUAUAUUAAGGACUAGCUGGACGCCCGUGCUUCACUACAAAACUAUGUGCUUGAUAAAUUGACACUUG